UUAAUUUCAAUAAGACGAAAAAAUAAAUUUUUUUUUUUUUUUUUCAGAAUAAAAACGGUUUUCCCUUAUCGAUUGUCAAUAAAUCCAAUCCAUUCUUUCUUAUUAAACCAUAUAUAUUAUUAUUAUAAUUAUAAUUAUUAAUUUGAAUGACACAUGUGCUAAAUUUCAUCAUUCAUUUGAUAAAAAAAAUCAAUCCCUAAAUUUUGAUUGUCUUUUUACUAAAUUAGAUUAUAUAUUUUCCCUAUUUAAACAAGGAAAAAAAAAAAAUGACAACAAUUUCUUUACAUAAAGAUACUCUUCAACCUCAAAAUUUGAAAGGUUUAAAUGGUUUAAAUAAUAGAUUAACCAGGAAUAGAAAUAAUCAUCCCACUUUAUCUCGUAGUAUACCGAAAAUUAAUUUACCCACUCCCUCUCCAACUCCGGUAUCUCCUUGUUUCGUUCAUUCUAGUUUUGAUCCUACAUUCUUAUUUAAGGAUAUUAUGGAUAGAUGUGAUAAUGAACCAACUGAUUAUUCGGAGUUAGCUGAGACAACUAACUGCGUGCGUAAAAUAUCGAAAAAACUUGGUCAAGCACGUAUACAAAAUGUUGUAAAAACUGUGAUGAUUGUUACGAAACCGGGAGAUGCACGAUUGGUCUCCUUAACACGUGAAAUAACAGCAGUAUAUGUUAAUAAGGAUUUUAAAGAUUCAAAAAAAUUUGAUUUUCCGGGAUUAUUAAAAUCCACCCCCUUGGUUAAUGAUUAUUUGAAAUUCUGGACGGAAGAAUUAUGUUCAGCGAGGACCGAAAUUUUUAAUUUCGUUAUCACGCUUGGAGGUGAUGGAACUGUGCUAUUUACAUCAUGGUUAUUUCAAGAAGUUGUUCCACCAGUUUUACCUUUCCAUUUAGGUUCUUUGGGAUUUUUAACAAAUUUUGAUUUCAAAAAUUAUAAAACUCAUUUAACAAAUGUAAUGGAAAAAGGAAUUAGAGUAAAUUUACGUAUGAGGUUCACAUGUACAGUAUAUCGUAGUAUACAUAAUCCUGGGAAGGCAACAAGAUGUGGUGAAACUGGGGAAAUUAUGAUUCAAAAUCCAAAAGAUAGUGAAUGUGAUACUCAACAUGAAUGUGAUCAGGAUAAAGCAUUAACUUGUGUAAUCACUAAACCUACUGAAUCUUUUGAAGUAUUAAAUGAUUUAGUAGUUGAUCGUGGUUCUGGUCCUUAUAUGAGUCUAUUGGAAUUAUUUGGUGAUGAUCAACAUUUGACAACAGUGCAGGCAGAUGGUCUUGUAAUCUCAACGCCGACUGGUUCAACAGCAUAUUCAGUAUCAGCCGGUGGUUCAUUAGUACAUCCUGAAAUACCUGCAUUACUUAUAACUCCAAUUUGUCCUCACACUUUGUCAUUCCGUCCAAUGUUAUUACCUGAUUCUAUGGAAUUAAGAAUAUGUGUUCCAUAUAAUAGUCGUAGUACUGCUUGGGCAAGUUUUGACGGAAGACAUAGAGUUGAACUAAGACAGGGAGAUCAUAUAAAGGUUACACCCUCAAAAUAUCCAUUCCCAACAGUUUGUAUGGACUCACAAUCAACAGAUUGGUUUAAUUCAAUCUCUAGAUGUUUAAGAUGGAAUGAACGGGAGAGACAAAAAAGUUUUGUUGUGGUAGAAGAAGAAGCUACCGAAGAAGAAGAUGAAUAUGAAACUAAUUCCGAAUCUACGGAGAAUCUUGAUGAUUAUGAUUCAGGUUUUAACAGUAUUAGUACUGAAAAUGAUGUUAAAGAAAAAUCGUCGGCAAUACAAGAAAAACAAGAUUAUCAUUAUCAUCAACAACAACAGCCACAACAGCAGCAACAACAAUAUCAACAACAAUAUCAACAACGUCAGCAACAACAUCAACAACAUAGCAAUAAUCAUAAUCAACAGCUGAAUCAUAAUAAACAACAUAGAAGAGGGAAUAGUAAACAUUCUUUUGCUUGUGUUCGAAAAAAUAAUAGUGAUGCUAGUAGUAAUGCUAGUAGUAAUAGUGGUGAAGAACAAGAAUGGAAAGUUGUUAGAAGACAAAAGAAAAAGAAAUCCAAUAAGUCUAAUAAGUCUAAUAAGUGAAAAGUAAAAUGUAAAUUAUAGAUUGUACCAUUCAUUUGUGAAAUAAUUUUUUUUUCUUUUGUAUAGUUUUUAUAUUCUGGGUAACAAUGUUCGAGGGAUUUGGGGGAUUUUUUUUUUUGCAAGUUUUUUUCUAAUUUUUUCGGUUUUAAAUCAUUCUUUAACAUAAUAAUAUAUACAUAUAUAUAUAUAUAUAAUAUAUACAUGUAUUCGCUUAAUAUAUUAUAAUAAUUGGGAAUCAAAAUUUCACUAUUAUAUGAGUUUAUGAAGAACUUCAUAUUUUGAUUGUUAAAGAAUGAACCUCUUUGUAGAUAUUAAAUACUAUAGAAUAACUUAAAAUUUAAAUUUUUUUACAUUUUAUAUUAUGCUAAUAAAAAUGUGAUUGUUAAACACAAACU